UUCUUUCUUUUUUUUCUUCUUCUUUGUAGAAAUGAUUUGGCGUGCAAUGGAUAAUCACCAACUGAUGGAAAGUAAAAGUCACUUGACGGAACAGAAUUCGUUAUUCAUGAACCUUACACCUGAAAUACAAAAGAAGAAGGAGCCAAAGCGACUGACGACAGCUUAUAAGGUCAAUGGCGUCAAUAUCCUGAACAGAAAAAACCUGGACAGCAAGACGGUGAUUGAGAGAAUACAGAAACGUAGAGAGAAUCAUAAUUAUAUCGAAAGACGUAGAAGGAAUUAUAUGAAUAACACCAUUUGGGAGUUAUCCAAAGUGAUCCCAAACGCAUGUGCUCCUGGUCAGAAGCCGAACAAGGCCAACGUUCUGAAGCUGGCAUUGGAACAUAUUUUGGAUUUACAAGCAGAAAAUCAAGCAAUCAGGCACCAAUUAAGACAUUAUCAACCCUUUCUCCACGAUCAUACAGAUACACAAAUGAAUAUAAAUACUAAUUUGGACGUAUUACAUUGCUCAAGUGCAACAAACAGUAUUCAUAGUAACAAUAGUAGUCAAAGUAACAACUAUAGUAUCCAUAGUAACAGCAGCAGUGCAACCAACUCACCAUCUGCUCCAUCUGAAUCCAACUUUCCUUCUAUGUCUAAACCCAUUCUUCCAUUUAUAAACUAUUAUGAAAAACCCUUAAACUAUUAUUGAAAAUUUUUGUAUAUAAUAAAUUCAUUAGGUUUGCUAUAUAAGCGUAACAUUAAAACCAACCAAUAGGAAUAAUAAAAGCUACGGCGCGCAUUCAUAUCUCCUCUUUUAACUAUUUGAGGCAAAUACUACUUUUUAAAGCAAAAAAGACCCUAAAUAAACAUAAAAUUUUCAUUGUAAUACAAAUGCUAACAAAAGGCUGCAUGUGAAGAUAUUGCCGUUCUUGACCCAGACGUUGUGUAAAACCUUCAGUUUACUAGAAGGAACUCCUUAUUUGGUUAGUAUCCGUUGCUAACCAUCCCCCUCUCUCUUUUUCUUUUUGUUUGUAAAAUAAAAUGAGUCUAGAUUUGUUUAACCUAAACUAGUACAUUUUAUGCAAAUCUAUUUUCUGUACCAUG